AUGGCGACAAGUUCAGGCUACACGAAAUUAGUGCCAUCACUAUCACAGAUUCGCUUACUCCACCUACUACCCCUACAGACCAACAACCACCACCAAUCAUCAGCACCGUGGCAUCAAUGCGUCAACCUAGAAUGCACCUUCGAGACAGUGCAUCUAGCCAGCGCUCCACCCUACGAAGCCCUAUCAUACACAUGGGGCGAUGAACCCGCCUCUGUUCGCAUUCUUUUGAACGGAAAGGAACUUCUUGUUCGGCCCAAUCUAGCCUACGCAUUGGCUGCCUUACGUACCUCGGAGCCUCGCGUGCUCUGGGUUGACGCACUAUGUAUAAACCAGAAAGACACCAUGGAGCGAAAUCAUCAAGUCGGGAUGAUGGGCGGCAUCUUCCGUCGAGCAGACCGAGUGUUGGUCUGGCUUGGUCGACCUAGUUCCGACUGGGACUCAUCAGUUGCGGGCGCCCUCCAAAUGGCAAGGAGAAUUGGUGAAAAUCCUCCGACUUGCAAACUUCCACCACCUCCACCUCAGCCAAGCCCCCAUCACGAAUCGCGAUUCAUCGACUGGAUAAAUCUCUUCCCAGAAGAAAUCGAACCACGGACGGACAAGGACGACCAUGAGAAACGUCUAUUCGAGUCGCGCAUAUUACAUUGGCGAACAUGCCAAAACCACGAAUGUCCAUGCUGGCACGAAGACAGGAAGGAACGUGUGAAAACAGAACGUGAGAAGACUACAUCCAAAUGGCAGGAUCGUCUGGACAAGCAACGCAGGCGAUGGCGAGAUGUGAGGGAGGAGCAUGCACAAUACAAACGACGAGUGGAAAGACUCCCCGCCAUGAUCCAGGACAGACAAACAGAUCUCCCGUUCUUGGCACAUAUGGAACAAGAUCUCAAGCACCUCGGAGCUGAAGAGCUCAAACAACAGGAGUUGCUCAACAAACUAAGGCGAUCGGAGCUUCAGCAACUCGCCUUACUACAGGAACCUCAGCAGCGACUGGUACAGGACUUUCAAGAUGCUCAACUGCGAGCCUACCAGGAAUUGGACAAUGCAACCCUUCAAAAGUCGCCGGAAGCUGGAGUGGCUCCUGAAGGUGGAAAGCAAACUCGUCCUAUCGCCCGCGUUUCUGGUCAGGCUGAUCAAGACGAAGGAGAGAUCGACAGGCUGUUCCGCGAAAUACUAGCCGAUCUGGGAGAUUUCCAGCGGUCUAUUUAUGACCUUCGCAAAAAGGUCCGGGAAGAUCUGGCAUCUCCACUCCUCAGAGAGAGGAUUUCUCGACUUAACAAGAUGCAACAACUUGAUAUGGAUCAGCGUCGCGGCCUUGCCAAGUUACGAGAUCGAUUACAAGAAUGGGAACAGCCAACAGACGGAAGAUACUCAACAGGUCAGCGACUACUUCGAUCACAAGUUGGGGAAUUUGAACGACUAGUCAAAACUUGGGACAGUCUUCAAAACGCCCAGAUCGAAAACUUUGGGGACAUGCCCAAGUUCAUCUCGAAGCAAUACCAAUUAUUACAGAGCUUCGCAGAUCUCGAGGAGACCAAGUUGAGCCAGGGGAGAGACUCGACAGAUGCACUAUUGCUCAGCAACGGCACGGACGAGUUUUUGACUGAGGAGGAAUUGCACAUCUCAGAAACUGUGAAGAGAAUCAAGAAGGACAUCCUCAAACAACAGUUUGUCUUGCGAAGUACAGAGCUGAGGAGGUGGAAGAUUGAGUUGGUUUUUCAGCAAUGCGGCAGAUGGCGCUCAAGUGUAUACGAGAUGAAAAGGAAGCAUCGCGUCAAGCAUGAGCUCCCAGAAGAAUCCAUCAACGCUCAGCGUGAAUGGAUUCGACUCUGGAAGGAUAUGUCGGCAUGGCAAGCCAAGGAGUGGCAUGAUCUUGUCUUUACUGGGACCGACAAAUCUCUCGGGCUACCGGAUCUCGAUCUGCUCAGCCUGGAAGCGAUCUGUCGCUUACCAUACUGGAGACGGCUUUGGAUAGUUCAAGAGGUGCUCUUGGCGAAAGAGUUGGUCUUGUGCUUCGGAGACAACGCCAAGACUACCACAUCUUGGGAUCUGUUCACCAAAGCCCGAGAGUCCUUGGAGCGGGUGCCCAGCUUUUGGAAAUUCAGGCCAGCUGUUAGCGCAUCUCUCAAGGAGAUCAAGAACGCCUUCCCGCUUCGACUCGACAAACUACGACAGGACACCGGACAAUGCUGGUCAUUACACAAUCUUGUGGAUAUUACUCUGGACUCAUUGUGCCAUGAUCCCAGAGACAAGAUAUACGGUCUUCUUGGUAUUACCAGCGGUUUCAAGUUUGGAGAUUUCGACAUCAGAUACCAAGAUGCGGUUGAGCAUGUUUACCGGAAUGCGAUUUCGUGGUAUCAUUCGAAGCACGGCGAGGAUGCAAACUCUCCGAAUCUUGUCAGGUUUAGUCAGCUUUUGCAACUGUCGCUCAAGAGCCACAAGGACAAACCACGCUCGAACGCCGCGACACCAAGCUCAAAUGCCGUUUCCUCUCCGCUUUCUCUUGAUAGGAAUCUUUUAUCUGGAUACACGGAAGAUUUCUGCAUAAAGAGAAUGCUCGGAAGUCCUAUUCUGCCAAUCGACAAAUUGAUCGGGGACAAAGCUUUGAUGCAAACACGACGUCGGGACUGGAUCAGUACUCUAGUUGAGUAUUUCGACGAUUCAGGGUUCCGGGGGCCAAAGACAACCAUCGAAGAGGAGUUGUUGUAUCUUGACUCGAUCAGUACAACUCUGUCCAUGCCGACGUCUUCAGCAUACGCAGUUGUAGAUGACUGCAUGUCCGACGAACCCGGCCCGCCGAUACAUUCCUCCCGUGACAGACCAGGACAAGGGCAAGAACCGCUUUUCUUCGUUACUCUCGACGGCGAAUUCGGCAUCUCGUCAACCUGCAUUAGAGAAGGUGAUCUCUUGUGUAAAUUUCCGGGCUCAACUUUAGGUGUGAUCCUUCGUCGAGGAAAAGGUCGGUACGAGUUGGCCAGCAAAGCGAUCAUGUCGUCCAUCAAGAAAACGAGCACUUCCAAUAUCGAUGGUGAAACUUCAUUUGACCGCACGGCAGACCCCUCGAGUGAUUCGACUCAGAGCCACUCAAUGACCAAAGGCGAGAGUUCUCGGACUGUGCAACUGAUGCUUGACAUCACAUCAAUACUAUCCCUUACAACUCCUCUGGAAAUCGUCAGCAAACACGAGACACGACAGCCUCUGUAUAUCCAAGAAACUUCAUUUGACUGGGAUGAGUUUAUCGCUUCAGGAUGCGAUGUAGCUCCUAGCCCUCCAAGUCAAAAGCAAGUGGCUCAGACACCAGAUGACCCACCAGAAGUUGAUCAGGAACCAGCACCCACGAUUACUACAACGUUUACGGUGAGGACCAGGGUGUUCUCCUCGGAAUUGACCCACAACAUGUCGAAACUCUUUUCGGGCGCACCCAUGGUCAGCCUGGAUAUCAACGAGACUUACACGGAAUUGAGCUAUCCUGACCCGACACCUCUCUGGUCGAAGAAGCCAGUCAAGGUCUUGUCUGACAAGCCAGUCAAUGCGCCCACCACAAUGGCAAGCCCACAAGAACAGUCUCAUAGCUCCAAGCCACGCACGUUCAAGCUGUCAGUAUCUCUCAAGCGACUUGGAUCUAAACCAAAGAUUGGGGCAUUGGAAGCACCGACAGAUCGGUCGACACCAGAUUCGCAGGGAGGAAAGAUAUUGCAGGCAAUAAGUGGGUGGUGGAAUCGCUAA